AUGUAUCGUCGAUUAUUUAAAAGAAAACAUGAUUUAUCACCACGUAUAAUAUAUCCAAGUACAUUAAUGCAAUAUGAUAAACAUAAUACUACUACUAUACAUUAUAAAUCUGCAUUGAAUUAUAUUAAAACAACUAAAUAUACAUUAUUAACAUUUAUACCAUAUAAUUUAUGGGAACAAUUACAUCGUUUUGCUAAUAUUUAUUUUAUAUUUAUAUUAAUAUUAAAUUUUAUACCAGAAAUUGAUGCAUUCGCUAAAGAGAUAGCACCAAUCCCAGUAUUAAUUACAUUAAUUAUAGUUGCUAUUAAAGAUGCCUAUGAAGAUUUUAGAAGAUAUUUAUCAGAUCGUAAAGUCAAUAAAAACCAUGUGAAGUUUAUUCAGUACAAGAAAAACAGAGAUUUUGUUCGUUUACAUACUAAUGAUAUAAUUCCAGCUGAUAUUUUAUUAUUAGCUACAUCAAAUAGUACCGGAAUUUGUCAUAUUGAAACAUCAAAUUUAGACGGUGAAUCUAAUUUAAAACAACGUGAAAUUAUUUCUAACUUGUUGAAUAAAGAUGAAUUUUCACCAUUAACAUUUCUUUAUCCAAUUGAAGUAGAAGCUCCAAGUCCUGAAUUAUAUAAAUUCCAUGGGAAAAUUAUACUACCAGAAAUACGUAUUCCUAUUCACAAGAAUAAUAUGUUACUAAGAGGUUGUGUAUUACGUAAUACGGACUAUGUGAUAGGUAUUGUUAUCUAUGCAGGUUGUGAAACAAAGGCAGCUUUGAAUAAUUCUGGUGUUCGAUUCAAAAGAAGUAAACUGGAAAAACAAAUUAAUUUAGAUGUUAUAUGGUGUGUACUUAUUCUAGUUGUAGUCUGUGUCACUGGAGCCAUUGGUAGCGCUGUUUGGCAUCAGAAUUUACCAGGCGAUGAUGUAUUGUUCGUUGCACUUGACAGAAAUUCUUCAACUUCAACACCUGCUUAUCAAGGUUUUCUCAAUUUUUGGAGAUUUGUAAUCAUUUUUCAAACUAUUAUACCGUUACCAUUGUAUGUAACAAUUGAAUUUGUUAAAAUGCAUCAAGUAUGGCAUAUGAAUAAUGAUUUACAAUUAUAUGAUAGUAAUUUAGAUAGACGUAUUGAAAUACGUACAUUUAAUAUUCCUGAAGAUUUAGGUCAAAUUGAAUAUGUAUUCACUGAUAAAACAGGUACAUUAACAGAGAAUAAAAUGGAAUUUAAACGUGCCAGUAUUAAUGGAAAAGAUUAUCAUACAGAUGAUGGUGAUUAUCAUGAAAAUAACGAUCAAUUCAGUAAUCAUUCCUCACCAAAGCAUAUUGUAACAAAUUUAAAUACAUUACAGAGUAUAUUAGAGAAUAGAACAAUUUUUUCUUAUCAUCAAAAGACUAUCAAUAAUGAUAUGGAAUAUUCUGAUCAUAGUUCCAGGAAUUAUUAUUUCAAUACUGAUAAAGAAAUAAAUAAUAUUGAAUUGAUUACAAUACAACCAUCUAAUGAGAUACCAUCAACUAGUCAUAUUCAAAUGGAUGAUACUAAUACUCCAUCUUACUAUUUAUCUCAUUCUAUAUCAUCACCAUCAUCUCAACAAAACAAUUUAAAUAUUGAAAAACAAUCGGAAAUGAAUGAGAAAUCUAAUAAUUUAUUACAUGAAAAAUGUAAUUCUAUAGAAAACAAAUCAAAACCAUUAGAUAAUCAAGUUUUAUUAACUGAAGAAAUACGUAUUCAAGAUUUUUUCUUAGCUUUAGCUAUAUGUAAUACAACUGUAGUGUCUGUUACAAAGAAUACUCCAACAAUGUUAUUGACAGAAGAUGAACUUCAUGAAUGGUUAAAAGAAGUCUAUGAAAUAGAAACUGGAGAUGAAAAUUCAACAGAAGCCAUGAUGAUAAUGAUGGACAAAUUAGAGCGUAAUUUUAUUCUUUUAGGUGCUACAGGUAUAGAAGAUCGUUUACAAAAUGGUGUACCAGAAACUAUUGACGCAUUACGUGAAGCUGGUAUGCAUGUAUGGAUGUUAACAGGUGAUAAACAAGAGACUGCAGUGAAUAUUGCUCGUUCGGCUAAUCUGAUUACACCACAACAUAGAGUAAUGUAUAUUAAUUCACGUUCAGAGGCUCGUAUAGAACAUCUUUUAAAUUCAUAUUUAUACAAUAUUAUUAGUGGACAAUUAUGGGAUUGUUCUAAUGAAUUAGAUGAUAAACUUGAAAAAUUUACUAAUCCACGUUAUUCUAAUUCUCAACAACAACAACAACAACAACAACAACACAAUAACAAAAAUCAUCAAACUAAUCAUAAAUCUAAAAGAAAAUCUAAUUUGCAUCGAUCAUCUUCACAUUCACCACAUCGUAGUCGUACUAUACAUCGUGUACGUAUUAUACCUACACAAAAACCAUCUUCAUUACCACGUGAUAUUACUUAUUUUCAUGAAUAUAAUGCUACUACUAUUAAUAAUAAUAAAGAAACAAAACAAAAAAAAAUUUUUAAUUUUUCAAAAUUUCUUAAAUAUUAUCGUUUGUUGACAAGACAACAACAUCAUCCUAAACGUAAAGUAACUAAUUAUAAAAGGCAUAGCAACAAUAAUCAUAAUAUGGAUAAUUAUAUUCCAUUAGCUUUAGUAAUUGAUGGUGAAAGUUUAAAUUAUGUAUUAAAUAAUGAAAGAAAUAAAUCACAAUUUAUUAAAUUAUGUGAUAUGUGUACAAAUAUUAUAUGUUGUCGAUCAACUCCUGGACAAAAAGCCGCUGUAGUUAGUUUAGUUAAAGAUCAAUUAAAUGCUCAAACAUUAGCUAUUGGUGAUGGUGCAAAUGAUGUAAAUAUGAUACAAGUAGCUAAUGUUGGAAUUGGUAUUAAUAGUGGUGAAGAAGGUAUGCAAGCUGUUAUGGCAUCGGAUUUUGCUAUUAGUCGAUUUUAUUUACUUAAACAAUUAUUACUUGUACAUGGACAUUGGUGUUAUGAUAAACUUGCACAUGCUUCUUUGUAUUUAUUUUAUAAAGAUGCAAUUUAUAUAUUUCUAUUAUUCUGGUUUCAAAUGUUCAAUGGUUUUUCCGGUAGUAAUGCAAUUGAUCAAUUAUCACAAAUAUUAUUUAGUGUUACAAUGACUAGUUUACCACCAUUUAUUAUGGGUAUUUGGGAUAAUCCAUUAGAUGAUAAAACUUUAUUAGCUAAUCCUAUAUUAUAUAGAUCUGGAAUAAAUGGUAAUGCCUAUCGUCCAUGGUUAUUUUGGAUGAAUAUUUUCGAUGCAUUAUGGCAAAGUUUAAUUAUAUUUUUUCUAUCAUAUUUUACUUAUUCGGACGAUAAUAUUGGUUUAUGGGAAUUUGGAUUAUUUCAAACAAAUGCAACAAUUCUAUGUACAUUAUUUCAUUCAUUAAUAAUCACUAGGACAUUGGUUAUAUUACAUGCAGUUAGCUUUUUUGUUAGUUAUAUUCUGUCAUAUUUAAUAUUUACAAUGAUCUAUCAUACAUUUGCUGUUACUGUUGUUCCACCUGAAUGUCCUUAUCGAAUUAUUUUUCGAGUAAUGAAUGAUAUCAAGUUUUGGUUAUUAACAUUGGUUACUAUUAUUUUGGCAUUAUUACCCAGAUUACUUAUAAUUAUCAUUAAAAAUACUUUCUAUCCAAAUAUGGAUACUAUCGGUAAUUUACUUGCAAAAUAUUUAGGUCGUGGUAAACAUUUACCAUUAGAACCAUAUUUAUUACAUAUACCAUAUUCAUUAAUGAUGAGAAAUCGAUUUUCUAUACAAUCACCAAUCAAUCAUUUAUCAUCUUGUAUAUCUGAAAUCAAUUUAAAUAAUCAAUUAAUCAAUAAAUCUUAUAAAAAUAAUAAUUUAAUAGAAUAUAAUUCAUCAUUAACUCCUAUAUCAUUAUCAUCAUCAUCAUCAUCAGAUAUUCAAUCAAAUUUAAUUAAAUUAAAUGAAACACCAAUACAUUUAAUAAAACAUUUACAUCAAUUACUGAAUGUGAGUAGUCAAUUAAUGAGAGGUGUACAACCUAUUCAUCAUUUAUAUGUUGAAGACAUUUCAAGGAAUUCAAUAGGAAUAGAUAAUCCUCAUCAGCAACAGCAUCAUCAUCGUCAACGAUCUAGUACUAUACCUAGAAUUAUAACAGAUUAUAAUAAUUGUCAAUAUGAUCAAAAUGAUAUACAUAAACGUCAUCAUCAUCAUCAUCGACAUUAUCAUACAUUUAAUGAUAGAUUAUUAAUAAAACAACAAAAUAAAACUGAUUUUGAUGAUGAAACUAAUGAUAAAGAUUUUGAUAAAUCAAAAAUAUCUGCUAUUUGGCCAGCAAUUAAUCCUAAUAAUAGAAUAAGUAAUAGUAUUCAAGCUUCAAAUAGUUCAAUGAAUAUUGAUCUUUCAACUAUUGGUCAUAGGAGUAGAGGAUCAAAAUGUCAAAAACAAACACAACAACAACAACAAUACUUCACAUAUCCUUCAGCUCGAUAUUCAUCUGGACAUAGACCACCAUUAUGUCAAAACGGACAUUUUCCUUUUGAAUUAGAUCCAAGAGAAUAUUCGUCCACUAAUCAAUCUCAGGAAGAAAUUAACGAAUCUUAAGAAUUAUUCACUCAAUAGACAAUAUUUUACAAAAACCUUUGUGCCUCUUUGUUUUUUUUUAAGAACUAAACGAUUUUAAUUAGAUUCGGUUUCUUAAUUUUUAACACUUUUAAUCUGUAUGAAAUGUUCACUUCUUGUAAAUAAAUUCCUUCUCUUUUUUUCUAAAUGGUUAAUUCUACUCAUUUGCAACUAUAUAUUCGCUAAAUUCUUGUGUAUUCCUUACAUCUUUCGAAUUGUUUAUCCAUUCUAUACAGAACUAUUUAUUCAAGCAACAUUGUACAGAUUAAUAUUAUUAUAGUGUGUAUAGCAAUACUAUUCAUACUGCUUUAGAUAAUAUUCUGAGGAUGAUAUAUAUGCUAAC